CAGUAAAUUGGUUUCAUACUCUUAAGGUUUAUUAUUUAUUUGUUUGUUUAUGUAUUUGUAUGUCUUAUGCAUGUCAGGUUGUUCGUGCUGGUUUGAAUAUUGAAAUUGCUCCAGACCUGAUUGCCAACCAACUUAAUGUUCGAAAUGGAGCUCUGAUUCUGCAGGUACCUGGAAAUAGUCUUGCAGCCAAAGCUGGACUUCUUCCUACUACCAGGGGUUUUGCAGGAAAUAUAGUACUUGGUGAUAUUAUUGAAGCAGUGGAUGGCAAACCUGUUCGGAGUAAAGCAGAUUUGUAUAAAGCCCUGGAUAACUAUAACAUAGGUGAUGAAGUUCGGCUAAAAAUACGUAGGGGCAACGAAAACAUGGAGUUGAGCAUAGCAUUAGAGGAAAAGGAUUCAUGACAAUUGGAGCUUUCUGGUUUUCAGCUUAAUUAGUGCCAGCCAUCAGUUUACUUGAUAAUAUAUCGUUCCAAUAUCUGUAUACUAUAAUUAAGAAUUGUCUGGCGGGAAUCUGGAAAUGUAUGGAGCUUGUUUAAAUGCUGCCAGAAGAAUGAAUCUCUUGUAAAGCAUUUUGAGUUACCAUCAAAAGGAGGGGAAAAUGAGCAAUCCUUGAAUUUUUUUAUGCAACAA